AUGGACUCUGAGCAUUGCUCUGCCUGGCAGCAUCAUAGCGAAGUUAGUGAAACCCUUACCAUGAGUUACAUUCUUGCCCCAUGUCUGAGUCUUGUCAGUGCAAAAACUCGCGAGCUGCAAGCUACUCUAGCAGGCCAAAUUGCCCGCGCUUUAGCGGUCUUCUGCGUCGACGAGAUCGUAAUCUUCGACGACGGACAAUUCGUUCACCCUCCAAACCAGGGCGGCGGCAACAAUGGUGAUUCACAUGUCUCCAGUAGCAAUGACCAGCCGAAGAAGUACACAGGCUACACUGACCCUUCGUAUUUCCUGGCGCAUAUUCUUUCAUAUCUUGAAUGCCCUCCCCAAUUUCGAAGGAUGCUUUUCCCCAUGCAUCCUGACCUCCAGCACGCUGGCAUUUUACCAAGCCUUGAUAUGCCCCACCAUCUGAAGAAGGACGAGUGGUGUCAGUAUCGUGAGGGCGUUGCGAAGUCUGGCUCUAACACCUCCGGAUCAGGAACAACCAUAUUCACAGGCUUGGAGCCGAAGCUUUCGGUUGCGCUGAAACAGAACAUCCCAGAGAACACCAGAGUGACUUUGAAUCUCGGACUGGAGAAGGCGUCUCAAUUGCCAGCAGGGAGUUCGCGUGCCUGGAAAGGGGCAGCAGCAGUCGCACCUUCCCAGCCUAGGGAAGACAAGGGUCUGUAUUGGGGUUACACCGUGAGAACAGCGGAAAGUUUGUCGGCUGUUAUGACAGAAUGCCCAUUUGAUGGCGGCUAUGAUCUCACGUUCGGGACAUCAGAGCGCGGUCAACCGGUUCAAGACUUCCAGAGAGGCGGAUCGGAUGAGGCAGACUUACCCCAGUUUGACCACAUGCUGAUCGUAUUUGGAGGCGUAGCAGGUUUGGAAGCAGCCGUCAAAGCCGACAAGGAGCUGGAAAAGUUGAAGGUACGCGCGCCGGAGACCUUGUUCGACUACUGGGUCAACGUGGUUCCUGGUCAAGGAAGUCGGACCAUGAGGACUGAGGAGGCUGUUUGGGUGGGUUUGACGGCCUUACGAGGCGUUGCUCUAGCGAAGGGUCGCGAUUGA